AUGACUGACGUGGAGGGAGUUGAAAAGCAUAAGGAGUACAGAAAGGGCAGUGCCGAAGGAUUAGGAAGGAAGAUCUGUGGAAAAGUGAUCAUGAAAAUUCUGGAUUUCGUCUACUCUCCCCUUAAUUUCUCGAAAAAUUCUGUAAAAUUCAUUGAUAAGGUUUUACGUAGCCGGCACACAGUGUUAGACAUGGAAAGAGGGGUUUUCGAACAACCACACCUCUACGAAUUCAUCUUCACCCGAUCGGUGCUACUGGUACGAUUACCCAGCGCUACAUCAGCAGUUCGUCAAAUCGUCGCGUUAUCGUCACCGUCACCACCAACAACAUUGAUGAACCAUCGGGUCGGGGGUCGAUGUCCUCGCCGAUCAAGAAGAUAG